AUGGGAUCGAAUUGUGAUGGGAAUUUGAAAGCUGAGAUUGAAGAAUCUAAUGGGUCUGGGAAAAGUAAGGUUCUUUCUCCUCUUGAUGUUUCAUUAUCUCGAAGAAAUCUGAUUAGUGAUGGUAAACCAAAGAGCUGGUCGUUUAGUGAAUCUAGUAGAAUCAAGCUUCUGAAAUUCGGUUCUCCUUCUGCUAAAUUCAUGAAAAUGGCUGAGGCAAGAGACGAGGUUUCACGGUCAGUGACGACGACGAGCUCAUCAAGCAGCCAUAAUCUCAGAGAAAGAAUCAGUGGUGUGCUUCACCGGAAAAUCGAUUGGAGUUCUUUAAUGAAAAUGGGGAAAGAAUGGAUUAGGAAUCCAAUUAACAUGGCUUUAUUCGUGUGGAUACUUGUUGUUGCAGUCUCUGGUGCUAUUCUCUUCAUGGUGAUGACUGGUAUGUUGAAUCAUGCUUUGCCUAAGAAGUCACAGAGAGAUGCUUGGUUUGAAGUUAACAAUCAAAUCCUUAAUGGUUUGUUUACUUUGAUGUGUCUUUAUCAACAUCCGAAACGGUUUUAUCACUUAGUGCUUCUUUGUAGAUGGAAGCCUGAGGAUAUUACUAAGCUUAGGAAAGCGUAUUGCAAGAACGGGACUUAUAAGCCUCACGAAUGGAUGCAUAUUAUGGUUGUUGUUAUGUUGCUUCACUUGAAUUGUUUUGCUCAAUACGCGCUUUGUGGUCUUAAUGUUGGAUACAGGAGAUCAGAGAGACCUCCCAUUGGAGUUGCUAUAUGUAUCUCUGCUGCCAUUGGUGCUCCUGCGGUUGCGGGUUUGUACACUAUACUUAGUCCGCUUGGGAAAGAUUAUGAUGAUGAUUCGAGUGUAGAUGAGGAGAAUCAAGUGCAGCGUGAAGAAGGGUCUGUGAAUCGCAGGGGAGCUUUAGAGAGGAGGUAUUCGUUUGCUUCUACUUCCUCGGUUGAUGGGAUGGUUCCGGUGAGUAAUCCUCAAUGGAGUGGUGGUAUUUUGGAUAUUUGGGAUGAUAUUUCGUUGGCUUAUCUCUCUCUUUUCUGCACGUUCUGUGUCUUUGGAUGGAACAUGGAGAGAGUUGGGUUUGGGAACAUGUAUGUUCACAUUGCGACGUUUAUUCUCUUCUGUUUGGCUCCUUUCUUUAUAUUCAACUUAGCUGCGGUUAAUAUCGACAAUGAGACGGUUAGAGAGGCGCUUGGAAUAUCUGGAAUCCUUCUUUGUUUGUUUGGUUUGCUCUAUGGUGGAUUCUGGAGAAUCCAGAUGAGGAAAAGAUUCAAGUUACCGAGUUAUAAGUUCUGCUUCGGAAGAGCAGCGAUUUCUGAUUGUACACUGUGGUUAUUCUGUUGCUGGUGCUCUUUAGCACAAGAAGUUCGGACUGCAAACUCUUAUGAGAUAGUUGAAGACAAAUUCUGCCAAAGAACACAAGAACAGAGUUCGGUAUCUCCUUUGCCUCGUGAAGACGGUGUGUUUGAUCCUAGGUUUGGUCUCGGGAGCUCCCCGAAGAACAUUAGCGGGGCUAAUUCUCCAAGUCCAAGCAGGUUUUGGAAAGAGGCACAUAGUCCAAAUGUACAGACACCUAGAGAAAAAGAUGAAGGUAAAAGCGAGGUUGUUUUGACUCCACCUUCUCCUUUGUCUAUACACAGAGAAGCUUGA